AUCCCGGACCCACCUCCAAGAACACCCAUCGCGCUUGAGGGCCACCAUCAACAUCAUGAAUGCCCUCAUUGCUCGGCACGCCAGUCAUCGAGGAUUUUCGGCCAGGUCUUUGCGCAGUAUUGGCACCACGUUCAAUCCCUGCUUUCGUGCAUCGAGAUCAGUUAAUACAAUGGCUCAGCGACCCCGGCGAUUUGCCCCACUGGAUCCAGCAAAGAGGAAGGAGGGGGACCAGAGACCAGAGUUGAAAGGCAUCGUAUUCGAUGUCGACGGGACAUUAUGUCUGCCGCAGAAUUACAUGUUUGCAGAGAUGCGUGCCACUCUCGGCAUCGAGAAGCCGACCGAUAUUCUGGAUCACGUGUACUCGCUGCCCGAGAGCGAGCAAGAAGAGGCACAGGAAAAGAUUCGAAACAUCGAGCGGACUGCAAUGAAGUCGCAACAGCCACAGGCCGGCCUCGUGGAGCUGAUGGAGUACCUAGACUCGCGGGGCGUCAAGAAGGGCAUUUGCACGCGCAAUUUCGAUGCCCCGGUUGCCCAUCUCCUCACCACAUUUCUACCCCAGUCCAAGUUCAGCCCUAUUGUGACGCGCGAGUUUAGGCCGCCCAAGCCCGACCCCGCUGGUAUUCUGCACAUUGCCAAGGACUGGAUGCACGAAGAUGGGGGAAACAGUUUGAUCAUGGUGGGAGAUUCCAUCGACGACAUGACGGCGGGCCAUCGUGCAGGAGCUGCAACGGUUUUGCUGGUCAAUGAUGUGAACAAUCAUCUCGCCGAGCACGAGCAUACAGACCUUGUCGUCAAACGGCUUGAUGAUCUUAUCGCCAUCUUGGAGAACGGGUUCGAGGGAAGACAAUGAUGGGCGUAUAUAGCAAACAGCUUGGAUGACUGCCUAACCAGGAAGCUCGUAGUACUACUAGAGUGAAAUGGAAAAGCAUUGACCAUUUCCUCGAGCAAUGCUGUACUGCUGCCAAAGCAACCUACAAACCACCUAUUCAACUGUCCGCGAUGAAAUCCGCCUCGGCAUUAUUUAGAAAGUUACUCGUACGCUA